CUGUCUUGCAAGGGAAAAAAAUUGACUGAAUGUAACCAUUCAUCUCUCCACCCAAAAAUUAACAAAUUAUAUCCUUACAUCAGCUUGCUCGAGCCAAUCAUGGUGCCAAACCCGAAUGCCAAUUGGAACUCAAGCCUCCUUUUAAAUAUAAAUUGAAACCAUGGAUGACGUUUGAGUGAGCAUUUACACAGUGAACAUUGUACUCUGUUAAUGAAUUGACCAAGAGAAGCACUCCGUCAAAGAACUGAAUGAGACUACUUGGGAUUUGAGAUGAUGCAUUCUGCGGAUAUAAUUUGUUACGAGACAUAUCUGGAGACAACAGAAUGGUUGUUGUCAAGGACCAAACAUCGACCAAAGGUUGCAAUAAUCUGUGGCUCGGGAUUAGGAGCUCUUGCUGAGACACUCACCGAUCAGGAGACCUUCAAGUACACAGAUAUUCCCAACUUCCCGAAAAGCACAGUGCAAGGACAUGCUGGUCAACUAGUCUUUGGAGAACUGAAGGGGAAGACAUGCGUAUGUAUGCAGGGACGUUUCCACAUGUUCGAAGGUUACACGCUCACAAAGGUAACUUUCCCAGUCCGGGUUUUCCGACUGCUGGGGGUUAAAGUCCUGAUUGUGACUAAUGCGGCCGGAUCCAUUGCGGAUGAUUACAACACGGGGGACAUUAUGAUCAUCAAGGAUCACGUUAAUCUGCCAGGGAUGGCAGGGCAGCAUCCUCUCCGGGGACCCAAUGAUGAAAAGUUUGGUUGCCGCUUCCCCUGCAUGUCUGAUGUAUAUGACAGGGCACUGGGCAAGUUGGCUCUGGAUAUAAGCACUGAGCUGGACUGCGCUAAUUUAGUGCAUCACGGGGUAUACGCCAUGGUUGGCGGCCCCAGCUUCGAGACAAUAGCUGAAGCACGUUUUCUUCACAAGCUCGGAGUCGAUGUUGUGGGAAUGAGCACUGUUCCUGAAGUCACUGUGGCAAGACACUGCGGCCUGCGAGUGUUUGGCCUCUCGCUGAUCACCAACAAAGUGACGAAAGAGUAUAACAGCACUGAAGCAGUGGACCACAACGCUGUUCUGAGUAUCGGCAAAAUGAGGGCUGAAAUGGUGCAACGCCUGAUAAUGGAGCUUGUGGGUCGCAUGGAGGUGACAUCCAUGGGUGUGCAAGACAUCCCAGGAGAAUAAAUAUAGUAAAACUCCGAUGCUACUCCAUCAGGCUUUUGAGAAAUCCUGGGUCUCACAAAGCCUGCUGAAUCACCCAGUUGCCAACCAAUUUAACUCCCCUUCUCCCACAUUGCUUAUUUCCUCUUUUUUUUCUCUUUUCCCUGAACACCUUCGCUCAAUUUGUCAGGGCCUACGCGAUC